CCUUUGUCUCUGGGGAGGCGGGGUCGAACGCCUGCGCACCCCCCGCGCCGGAGGGGUGGGGUCCGUCGCAGCUCGCGGCGCUCGUUUGCUCUCGCGAGAGUCCGGCGCGCGAUCUCGUGGCCGCCCCCUCCUCUCCUUCGGCCUCCAGGCUCUGGCUGCAGCGUCAGCGGCCCCUUUACCUCAGCGCCGGCGUCCUCGGCGCCCCUCCCCCGGCCUGGUCCGCCGGCCGCCCGCCCCUGGCAGCGAACCUGGUGGACCUGCAAAAGAAGCUAGAGGAACUGGAACUAGAUGAGCAGCAGAAGAAGCGGCUUGAGGCCUUCCUCACCCAGAAAGCCAAGGUCGGCGAGCUUAAGGACGACGACUUUGAACGGAUCUCAGAGCUGGGGGCCGGCAAUGGCGGUGUGGUCACCAAGGUCCAGCACAGACCAUCAGGCCUCAUCAUGGCCCGGAAGCUCAUCCACCUGGAGAUCAAGCCGGCCAUCCGCAACCAGAUCAUCCGCGAGCUGCAAGUGCUGCACGAGUGCAACUCGCCCUACAUUGUGGGCUUCUAUGGGGCCUUCUAUAGCGACGGGGAGAUCAGCAUCUGCAUGGAGCAUAUGGACGGCGGCUCCCUUGACCAGGUGCUGAAGGAAGCCAAGCGGAUUCCCGAGGAAAUCCUGGGGAAAGUCAGCAUUGCGGUGCUCCGGGGCCUGGCGUACCUCCGGGAGAAGCACCAGAUCAUGCACCGAGAUGUGAAACCAUCCAACAUCCUGGUCAACUCCCGAGGGGAGAUCAAGCUGUGCGACUUCGGGGUGAGCGGGCAGCUCAUCGACUCCAUGGCCAACUCCUUCGUGGGAACUCGAUCCUACAUGUCUCCAGAGCGGCUGCAGGGCACGCACUACUCAGUACAGUCGGACAUCUGGAGCAUGGGACUGUCCCUGGUGGAGCUGUCCAUCGGCAGGUACCCCAUCCCCCCACCCGACGCCAAGGAGCUGGAGGCCAUCUUCGGCCGGCCAGUGCUCGACGGCACAGAAGGACAGCCCCAGAGCAUCUCACCGCGGCCCCGGCCGCCUGGACGCCCCAUCAGCGGUCAUGGAAUGGACAGCCGGCCUGCCAUGGCCAUCUUUGAGCUGCUAGACUACAUCGUGAAUGAGCCGCCGCCCAAGCUGCCCAGUGGUGUGUUCAGCCUGGAUUUCCAGGAGUUUGUAAAUAAAUGCCUCAUUAAGAACCCAGCGGAGCGCGCAGAUCUGAAGAUGCUCAUGAACCACGCCUUCAUCAAGCGCUCCGAAGUGGAGGAGGUGGACUUCGCCGGCUGGCUGUGCAGGACCCUGCGCCUCAACCAGCCCAGCACGCCGACGCGAACCGCUGUCUGACAGCGCCCGCCUGGUCCCGCCAGCCACCUCUCCUGCCCGUCUGGGCUGCGCUCUGGCCCUGCCAGGACAGGCCCGCGCUUCUCACCCUCCGCCCCAGGGGCCUUGGUGUCCGCGUCCCCAGGGGAGGGUGACGCGUGCCUGCUGUCAUCGGGACCCUGCUUCCUUAGGCCUAUACACAAGGAAACAAAACGAGAAGAAACUGCACACGCUG